GUCAGCGGCGACAAAGAGAAAGGGGCGAGGGAGACAUUGGUGAGAGUGAAAGAGGAGGGAGAUCGGCCUGCUCAGAAAUCUCGGCAAACGUGCAUUGAUGACAGAAAAAAAAACAGAGCGUGUAUGAAUCAGUCGAGAUGAGUAGUGGUCUAGAGCAACGGGAAUUAUGGUACAGUGCGAAAUAGAAUACAGACAGGGCAUGCGUUCUCCUUUGAAUAACCUAUUCAGGGAUGAAUUGGGAAAGGGUCUCUGCCACCAGAAUAGUGAAGCAGCCUGACAUGAAUAACAAAUAAAGGACCUAUUCGAGCGCACAACAAGCAACAAGACGCGCGGAGGAAUGUGCAAGAAAUAUUGACUGUUCGAGCUACCCAAAUCGACGUCUCGGAUCCCGAUGGACCUCCAUCGUCGUUGUUAGUAAACACCCAACGGAUUAUAGACCCGUAAACAUAUAGAAAUCAAUUUAAACCAUUCCGUUGCAUGGUUUGGACUGUUUCUUUUGUCCGACGAGACCUGAGAAACUUCUACGAUGGCACUGGUCAUGGAACCUGUGAGCAAGUGGAGUUCAAGUCAAGUGGUGGACUGGAUGAAAGGUCUGGAUGACUGUCUGCAGCAGUACAUCAAGACCUUCGAGCGAGAGAAGGUCGGCGGAGACCAGCUUCUCCGCAUCACCCACCAGGAGCUGGAGGACCUGGGCGUCUCCAGGAUUGGCCACCAGGAGUUCAUCCUGGAGGCGGUGGACCUGCUCUGCGCUCUGAACUACGGCUUGGAGACGGAGAACCUGAAGACCCUGUCCCACAAGCUCAACGCGUCCGCCAAGAACCUGCAGAACUUCAUUGCCGGGCGCCGCCGCAGCGGCCAGUACGACGGCCGCACCGCCCGCAAGCUCCCCAACGACUUCCUCACCUCCGUCGUGGACCUCAUCGCCGCGGCCAAGAGCCUGCUGGCCUGGCUGGAUAGGUGCUAUUUCUUUUUCAGGUCUCCUUUUGCCGCAGUGGCGGACUAUUCCAUGACGAGAAAUAACGUCAUUCAACUGUGUCUGGAACUCACUACUAUUGUGCAGCAGGAUUGUUCCGUGUACGAGACCGAGAACAAGAUCCUGCAUGUGUGUAAGACCCUGUCCGAGGUGUGCGACCACAUCAUCUCUCUGUCGUCCGACCCCAUGGUCUCCCAGUCUGCCCACCUGGAGGUGGUCCAGCUGGCCAACGUCAAGUCCACCGAGGGCCUGGGCAUGUACAUCAAAUCAACAUACGACGGCCUACACGUCAUCACCGGGACCACCGAAGGCUCCCUGGCCGACCGCUGUAAGAAAAUCCAUGCCGGGGAUGAAGUCAUCCAAGUCAACCAUCAGACCGUGGUGGGCUGGCAGUUGAAGAACCUCGUCAACUCCCUGCGUGGGGACCCGGGGGGAGUAACCCUGACCCUAAAGAAGCGCCCCCAGAGCACUCUCACCUCCACCCCGGCCCUGCUGAAGAAUAUGAGAUGGAAGCCUUUAGCUCUGCAACCAAUCAUCCCUCAGAGCCCUGGCAGCAGCGUGGCCACGCCCACCAGCACGCUCAGCACUCCGUCCAGGAGGGACAGCUGCGCCCUGCAGGACCUCUACAUCCCCCCUCCGCCUGAGGAGCCCUACACUCCUAGAGACGACCAGGGGACCCUCCAGGGGGAGGACUCUCAUCCGGACGUCCCCGUCGCCACGGGCUCCGAGUCGCCCAACUCCUUCCUGGACCAGGAGUGCCGGAGGCGCUUCCCUCUCGUGGAAGACGACACCGUCCUCUACUGCUACGAGUACGACCAGAGCCAGGGCCCGCCGCCGGUCCGCCGAGGCAGCACGCCCACGUAUGGCAGACUCAGACCCAUCUCCAUGCCAGUGGAAUAUAACUGGGUGGGAGACUAUGAAGACCCGGGCAAGCUGAAGAGAGAAAGCAGGAGAGAGAACUCCCUCUUGCGGUUUGUGAGCGAGGACAAGGCCUCGGUCCCGGAGUACCUGACCGCCGGACGCAGUCUGGGCCAGAGCAGGAAGAGGAGCGACAAGGCAGGAAGUCCCGCCCACUACGCCCUGGUUCCCGCCCUUCAGAUGGAGGUGUCCAUGUCCACCUCGAGCUCCGACUCCGCUUCCCUUUACCACAUGUUUGAGAGGUCCUCGCUUCGCUCAGUGUCUCGGAAAAAGAACAAACUAGGGGGCUCUCUCUCCUCCAUCAGCAAGCGGCGCAUCUCCUGUAAGGACCUGGGCCGAGGAGACUGUGAGGGCUGGCUGUGGAAGAAGAAGGAUGCCAAAAGCUACUUUUCUCAGAAGUGGAAAAAGUACUGGUUCAUUCUGAAAGAUACCUGCUUGUACUGGUACAUGAACGAAGAGGAUGAGAAGGCAGAGGGCUUUGUGAGUCUCCCAGAGUUCAAGAUUGACAGGGCGUCCGAAUGCCGAAGGAAAUUUGCUUUCAAGGCCUGCCACCCGAAGAUUAAAAGUUUCUACUUCGCUGCGGAAAAUGUGGAUGACAUGAACAGGUGGUUAAGCCGCCUGACCAUGGCGGUGGCUGGUUAUUCGGAACAGGAGAGGCUUCGACAAGGCCAAGACUACUGGAGUGAGAGCGACCACGAGGACGUGGAGAUGCCUUCCAUGUCCAAACAGGAUAGCCCUCCUCCCCCUUACGACACCUACCCCAGACCCCCCUCACAACUCUCCGGGUCCCUGCAGGCGUCCCAGAUGAGCCCCUACCUGGAGCCCAAACACCGCCUGUCCUCCUCGGACACCUUCCAGUCCCGCUCCUCCCACGAGGACUUCCGCCCCGACUCGUCCCAGGAGGGCGGCGGCGGCGGCGGCACCUCCCCGGGGCAGAAGUCGUCCAGCCAGCGGCGCUCGUGGCAGGACCUGAUUGAGACCCCCCUGGGCAGCUCGGGGCUGCACUACCUCCAGACCCUGCCCCUGGAGGAGGCCAUGCUCCUGGAGUCCGGAGGAGGGUUCUCUUUGGCGGAGCACCGCAGGCAGUCCACCCUCCCCGCCCAGCGCAGCUUCCUGCAGGAGCACUACGGGCCCCUGCCGGUUCCCAUCAGUCCCCUCAUCCCCGCGGAGGUGCUCGGGAAACCUCGUAGCUUCACCCUGCCCCGCGACAGCGGCCUCCACGCCAUCCUGGCAGCCUCAGCCGGAGCCUCCGAUCACAGAGAGGCCCACCGCUACGGAGGAGGCCAUCACAUAGACUCAGGAUGUGACACGGAGGGCAGGCCCCAGGCCGACUCCCUGGGUGACCUGUAUCGGGCCCUGGAGAGGGCCAACCUGGGCUCGGCCGGCGAGCACCGGACGCCCGCCCGUCUGGAGUACAAGCGCUCCUUCGUCCGGCGCGUCAACGACCCGCUCCUCAGCGAGAAGCUGCACCGUCUCCGCAUCCUACAGAGCGCGCUCAAGAAUGUGCCUCUGCGGGAUUCCGACCCUUCAAUGGGGUUUUUAGGGUAG